AUGGCGUCUUUCCUCCCCCGUACCCCCUUCCGCGUCUUCAGUGCGCUGUCCAAGGCUGCUCCAUGGACUCAGACCCCCUUCUCGACGUCCCUCUCCCAGCCGCUCCUCCGCCGGUUCCUCGCGACCAUUCCCCAAGAACAGCCUCGUCUGCGUCUCGGAUCGACCGUGCUAAUUGCGCCUCUAGCCCCGAACUUCCAGGCUCUGACAACCCAUGGCGAAAUCGAUUUCCACGACUGGAUCGGCGACAGCUGGGCCAUCCUCUUCUCCCAUCCCGCGGAUUUCACGCCGGUCUGCACAACCGAGCUCGGCGCAUUUGCCAGAAUGAAGGACGAGUUUGCGAAGCGCGGCGUCAAGAUGAUCGGACUGAGCGCCAACGACCUAGGCUCCCACGACGAAUGGAUCAAGGACAUCAAUGAAAUCUCCAACACCAGCGUUCAAUUCCCCAUUAUUGCCGAUGCGGACCGCACCGUCGCGUUCUUGUAUGACAUGAUCGACCAGCAGGAACUGGAUAAUCUCGCCGAGAAGGGUAUUGCGUUCACGAUCCGCUCCGUCUUCAUCAUCGAUCCCGCAAAGAAGAUCCGUCUCACCAUGAGCUACCCGGCCUCCACUGGUCGUAACUCGGCAGAGGUUCUCCGCGUGAUUGAUUCCCUGCAGACGGGCGAUCGCAAGGGGAUCGCGACUCCGAUUAACUGGCAAGUGGGCGAGGAUGUCAUUGUGCCUCCCUCCGUGUCGACCGAGGACGCGAAGAAGAAGUUCGGGGAGGUCCGCGAGCUGAAGCCCUACCUCCGUUACACCAAGUACUAGGUAGAUCGUGUAGGAAGAAAAAUGUACUUCUAGGGAAGGGGGGGGUUAGAAUAAAAGCUACCAGAAUGGAUGUAAUUGUCAUUCCGUAUCCUGUGGGAUUGAUGUAUGCAUGCAAAGUAUGAUAGUUCUACCAGGGCAGAAGCAGUGCAGCCCCCGCUACCGCAGAAAUAGCCAGCAGCCCGACCAUCGCGUUGACUUGCCCCCAGCCACCCGUUUGUCCCGGACUGAGUCUCUCCGCGGCACUGCUAGGACUCGCAGAGGAAGUCUCCGCCGCAUUGCUCGACGUUUGAGUUGAUGCAGCCGUCGCCGUAGCGCUUGUCUGGUGCACGAGAUAGACCGGAAACAUCCUCGUCGCUGCAAUCAAGUUGUCGCUUGUUAUAUCGCUCGGCGCGAUCGUCGCACGGAUGGUCGACCCAUUGACU